GCUGCGCGUCGCUGAGCGCAGAGAGACAGACACACACAGAGGCAGUGCGAGCUGCGCCGCGCGUCAGUGACGGACAGCACCGGCGUCUCACUGAAGCACAGCGAGCAUGGACCUAUUCGAGUUUGACUUCUUCAGGGACUGGGAGCUCGAGCAGCAGUGUCAUUACGAGCAGGACCGCUCGGCGCUGAAGAAGAAGGAAUGGGAGCGGAGGACGCAGGAAGUCCAGCAAGACGAGGACUUGUUCUCCACCGGUUUUAAUCUGUUUGGAGAGCCGUACAAGACUAACAAAGGAGAUGCCCUGGCCAACCGAGUUCAAAACACACUUGGCAAUUAUGAUGAGAUGAAGGAGCUCCUGACCAGCCAUUCCAACCAGAGUCAUCUUGUGGGCAUUCCUAAGAACUCAGUUCCCCAGACUCCUGUGGAGAAACCCGACCAGCCGGGCUUCUUUCCCGAAUCUCAGAGGAGUCGAGCCGCCCCGUCCCAAUCGGGAAGCCACAGCGCUUCCAUGCCUCCACCCCCUACCAACAACAUACCAACAUCCAGCGUCGUCCAUGGGCAUCAAGGCGGCAAAAAGUCUCGAUCUUCAGACUGGUCCCGAGGGGGUCACAGUUCAAGCGGCGGCCAGGCUUCUCAAGCGGUCAGCCGGGGAAAGCACUCCAAUCAUGAGCAGACGUCAAGUAGACACGAUCAGGAACAAGAGGACUCGAGUCCAAACCCCAGCGGACCUACAACUUCAUCACACUCCAACAGGAAGCAGGCACAGUCCAACAAAGGGCUUACCGCGACCGAGCUUGGCCUCGGAAAGUCUCCCGUCGAGCAGGAUUCGUGCUCCCAUGGAUCCAGCUCGCCGUUGGCCUCCACGUCCCUGCUUCCCAGCGGCCUCUUGACGCCAACCUUCCCCCAAGGCCUCCAUUGCAAGCCGAGCAGCGCCGUACAGCAGAAACCCACUGCCUAUGUCAGGCCCAUGGACGGCCAAGACCAGGUCCCCAAUGAUUCCCCAGAGCUUAAACCCCCUGUGGAGGUGGUGGAAGGGUAUAACGGCGUGCCAUUUGGAGGUCUGCUGGAUAGCAAAAGCAGCACAGCUGGGACCAAGGGCAAACUUCCUAAACUGACACUGCCACAAUCCGGGGAGGUCAGCCUGCCCAGCGACUCCAGUUGUGUGGAAGAAAUUCUGCGGGAGAUGACCCACUCCUGGCCUCCACCUCUCACUGCCAUACACACACCAGGCAAAGCUGAACAGACCAAGUUUCCCAUUCCUUCAAAGGACCCGCCGCAUGUGACCUCAGGAUACAAUGGAAAACGCUGCAAUGUUCCUGUUAGCAAACCUGCAACCAAGUCUGUGCCGCAGAAGUCAAUGCUUGAGGAUGAUCUGAAAAUCAGCAGCGAUGAAGACGACACAGAACAGGCCGCUGAGAAGCCCAAGCCCAGGAGCGCUCCGCUCAAUCACCCUGAAGUCACUCCACGGACCAGCGAGCCGACCGGUCACUCCAGCAAUGCCUCGGGGAGCUCCAGUGAAUCAGAGAGCAGCUCAGAGUCUGACUCAGACAGCGAGAGCAGUUCCAGUGAAAGUGAAUGCAACCGAGCUUCCCGUGCCGCCACACCGGAGCCUGAACCCCCAUCAACAAACAAGUGGCAACUAGAUAAGUUUCUAAACAAAGUAAAUCCCCACAAUAAAACACUAAUAACCACACAAUCAAAUAGUCAUGGGAUUAACAGGUCACAACCCGACGAAAGCCAAGCAACUGAAAACCAGACCUCCAACAAGAGCAAGCCCACCGCAGCACUGGCACCAGCAGAAACCAAGGACAGAGCUUUGCUCAGUCCAAUCCGAGAGAAGGCCAAACCCAAGACUGGUCAGAAAGCUCCAGACAGCAAAAGCACCAAGGUAAAAUCACCAGCCUCAGUGGAGCUAGCACCUCCCAGGAGAAGCACUGGCAAGAAACAGCCAAAGAAGGUGGAGAGAUCCUCCAGCAGCGAGGAGCACAACUGGCCCAGACCGGGAAAUUCAAGUUCGACCCCGAAGGAGAAAGAGCCUCCACCUUUAGAACCUCCCAAACCUAGAGGGAAGGGUCCCGGGGUCAAGACAGCUCCGAGAAAGGAACCCCGGACCACCACAGCAAACGCUGCACCUGCUAAUAUCGCACCUGUUCCGGAUAAGAAGAAGCACAGAGGACCCAACAAGAUUAUCCCCAAAUCUAAGGAAUUCAUAGAGACAGAGUCUUCUUCAUCCGAGUGCCACUCGGACCCAGAGGAGCUUUCCAAGGUCCAACUUCCCUGCCCUGGUCCUAACACCCUAAGCCUGAAAUCUAAGGAUUGCAACAGCAAUAUCCUGAGUGUCAGUAGCCUUACUAGUACAAGCAGCACUUCUAUUCCUGACCCAGGUGCCUCAGAUCUACUGGAAGAGCCUCUCUUUUCUCCCAUCCCCAUUGUGCAAAAUGAACUUUUGUCACCGCUAAGAGAUUUUGAGGAGGUCAAGUCACUUUGGGUUAAGAUCGAACUCAGGUUCCUGUCUCGGAUCCCGGGGCAGGACAUCCCAGAACCUCCCCCAACCAAGGCUGAGUGUCGGGAGGUCAAUGUCAAACACAGGCGGCAACAGUCACCAGCCUCCAUCCCUGUAGAGAAAAAUCCUAGUAAAUCAAAGAGGAAACACAAGUCUGAGCACUGUGACGUGAUGAGUGGAGGCAAGAAGCUCAGGAUGGACAAAGAAGCUCUGCUUCUUCCUCCCUGUAUCUCUCCUAUACACAACCACAAGGUCUCCAGCACAAAAGAUACGUUAAAGAAGCAGCCUCGCAAGCGUGAAGAGAAGCUGUUGCCCCCGCUGCUGUCGCCGCUGUCAGACGAGCCGGUGGGCCGCCAACGGAGAAGCAGUGAAUGCAGCUCCCUUAGUCAGGAGGGAAGCACCUCCACCCUCACCAGCACCUUGACCUCCACCCGACCAAUAACUGCCUCCACCUCCUCAUCACACAAGCACCACAAAGGAGAGAACAAAGCCUUCUCCCAUUCCAAGACCAGCAGUGAGGAAGAUGGUCACAUCAAGACGUCCAGCAGUUUUCACAGCAACAGUCAGUCAGACACGGACCUCUGGUCGAACCCGUCGGCUCUGUCCGUUGAGGACAUGGAACCGAGAAGGCCGAAACUCACGUUUAAUAACACAGUUCACAAUGCAGAUUACUACAUGCAAGAAGCCAAGAAGCUAAAGCACAAGGCAGAUGCUUUGAUGGACAAGUUCGGCAAAGCUGUGAAUUACGCCGAUGGGGCGCUCUCGUUCAUCGAAUGCGGCAAUGCCAUGGAACGAGACCCAUUAGAGGCCAAGUCACCAUACACGAUGUACUCGGAAACAGUAGAGCUCAUCAGGUAUGCGAUGAGAUUAAAGAACUUCACUAGUCAUUCCGCCACAAUAGCUGAGAAGAAACUUGCUGUACUGUGCAAUCGCUGUUUGUCACUUUUGUAUUUGCGAAUGUUCAAACUGAAGAAAGAUCACGCAAUGAAGUAUUCACGCUCGCUAAUGGAGUAUUUCAAGAAUUCUGCGAAAAGUUCCCAAGCACCUUCGCCGUGGGGAGCCAAUGGAAAGAGCACAGGUACGCCGUCUCCCAUGUCUUUGAGCCCAUCUCCCGUCAGCUCUGUCAGCAGUGGAGCCAUGGGUUCGUCCUCUGCCUCUGGAAGUGUGGCCAUUCCUCAACGCAUCCACCACAUGGCAGCAAGUCACGUCAACAUAACCAACAACAUCCUGCGCAGCUAUGAACACUGGGAAACCGCUGACAAGCUGGCUCAGGAAAGUCAAGAGUUCUUUCAGGAGCUGGACUCAGUAAUGGAACCGUUGACGCAGCACAGCAGCAUGACAGAACUGGUGCGAUACGUACGCCAAGGAUUGCACUGGCUCCGGCUGGAGGCCCAUUUGUUAUAGUGCUGGCGCUUCCACUGUGCUCUUUCUCUCUCGCUGUCAUUCUCACUCUCUUCCCCGCCGUUCAUCUCUACCUCCACUAUCUUCGCCAUCUCCAACCCUCUGGAGCCCCGAGGGUAGUCGACAGUUAACCACUAGCGAGCCUUCGAACUGUGAGUCAUUCCCAGGAGAGUGCAUCAGGACCCAUUUUGGAACGCCACAGACUGGAUUACCUGGAAGGACGGAAUGUCGCCGCAUCGCAUGGGCUACAUGGACAGCUGUAGCAGCGAGCAAGUUAACCGAAUGAACAAAAACCUAGCUGGUGAUCUCUGUUUUGGGGGUCAGGCACCAGGCAAACUCAGACACGUUAUUAUUCGGGUAGCUACCGAACUGUAGCUUUGUACAUUUUGUGCAUAUAGCUAGGCACGCAACAGCAAUCGUUUUGUUCGGUAAGCCGACCCAAACCGGUCACAGAAGUUUAAAGUAACGUUUGAUAUCAUGCCCCCUACGGUGUACUUGAAAUUGCAAUGUGGCCAAUUUCAAAACAUGACAUUAAGCUCAUGUAGCUAGACGCAUUUGCGUACUUGUGUACUGUAUGUUUUGAGCCUUAGCCCCAUGGAGCUAAAGGGAUAGUUCACCCAAAAAUUUACAUUGUUUCAUCAUCGUUCGUGAGCCCCAUUCACUUUCAUAGUAGGAAAAAAGAAUACAAUGGAAGUGAAUGAUCGGUUUGAUUAAAAUAUAUUUCUUUGUGUUUAAAUUUAUACAGGUUUGUAACAACAUGAGUGAGUAAAUGAUGACCGAAUUUUCUUUUUUCUUUUUUGGUGAACUAUCCCUUUAAGACACGCAGCAUUUACGGUAAGCAUAUAAACUGAGCUGUUACUAUCUCAUACACUUUCCAGGUAUAUUCAACACCAUCUCAAGACCCACGUGUGUCUAUUCGAAAUCGUGUUUAUCCGUCAAGGCUUUUGUACGGCUACGCUAGUCAGAUUGGUUCUCUCAGAUGUUGCCAUCAUUCUGUUGUACCGCACUAUGAUUGUUUGCUUGUUGCUUUCACUCCCAAGAUCUUACUAGUUUGCCAUUCAGAGCCAGAUGAGCGAUUUCCCUUUAUGCGCAUAUGAGAGAUUGAUACUUCUGUAAGUGGCAUCGGAGAAUUUUUUCAAUAUGUACCAUAUUGACUGUGUAGUAUAUGACAGCUACUUUAACUGUUCGGUGUUUGUUCAAUCUUGCAUGUUAACGCGGAGAGCUCGAGGUAGAAGUGAAAGACAUCGGCGAGCGCUACGACGAAUCGAUGUGUUUUUUGCUAUCAUUCCAGCAUCUUUGGAUCGAUCAAACGUAACAUUAGGUCGCUAUCUGUAGAGAGUUUAUUAACGCUUGUAUUUUAACAUCGCAUUUUUCCAUUUCAGGAGACAUUCGCGAACAAACAAGUCAGUGUUUUUUGGACCUCCACAAUUGUUCGUGUGAUCAAAUCACAAAUGUUUUGUAAUCAAAAAUGUUCAUUUUUUUCACGCAUAAACUCUUUAUGGAUGAAUUUAAUGUUAAUAUGAGAAAUUGUUUCGGUAAAAUACAGUUUCUCCGUGCAGGUCUGAUCUUAAGUGUGUCCAUAUGUGUGUGUGAAGCAGAUCUUGUGUUCAUUGUAUUGCAUAGCUUCAUGCAUCAAUCUAUCUAUCUAUCUAUCAUGUGAAUGUCAGACUGUGAGAGUGACAGAGAGGAUGUACUGUAUGUGUGAAAUGAACAUUUCACUAAGAUUUUUCAAAAGUGCCUGCGUAUCCGAUGGAAAUUUAUUAGAGUCUAUAUUUAAGAAUGAUACUGGAUCCGAAUGAUUUUCCAUACCAUAUUGGUAUAUCCAAUGUUUUUGUUUUCAUAACAUGAUUAUUUAUUUAUUUACUUUGUAAAAUGUUUGUAUCUGUUUUGGCUUUAACGUUCAGCUUUGUAAAAAAGAUGUACAUUUCAGGAUUUCAUUUUCUGCUCUGAUGAUGAUAGAAGAUGACGUAAAAUUCUUGGUACAUUUCAAUUCUUUACGUAAUUGUGCAGCUGAAUAUGCUUUCCUCAUUUGCUCCUAACUCUGGUUGUUUCAAGGCAAAUCUCACGUACCGUAGCGAGAAGUUCUUACAACGUUCAAUAAAUCAAACAUAGUGCAAUACAGACUGUAGCACAGCGAGGAUGAAUAGCAAUACUUUAUGAUAAAUAUUCAAAUCAUCCAGCAACUAUAAAAAAGUAUUUUAUCCCAAAAAUUAACCGCAAAGCAAAAUAAAUCAAAGCGAGCCAAUUUUCACUUCGUUGACGUCCGUUGAUGCAAGACUAAAAGUAUCUUUAUGCAAAAAAUUCCCAUUACAAUGUUACCAGCUGUUAUCUUACUUGUGUGGAGUCAGUUUUUCAAAUGUGUUUGGCUUGUGCAGCAUCUGCUGUCGUGCAUGUUUGAGUUCUGCCGGAGAAAUCUGUGGCCCUCCGGCAGCACACUGACUCACAUUCAGUCAAAUAAACAACCUGCUCUGCCUAUCACAUGCACCUCUAUUGCCCACGCUUUGACUUGCAUUGAAAAACACAUGAAUACUUUUUGAAACAUUUAUAUGUAGCUUCUCACUAUAAAUGUAAAGUUCAUAGGCUGAAAGAGCAAAUAAAUUUGUGAAUAUUUUAUGUUCUGAGACAAAUAUCAAUACUAUCAAUAGAGCAAUGUAAUGCACGCACAGUGCCAUCGAAAACCAAUUUUUUUAGAGGACUGUACAGUAGGUUUGUAACUAAAAUGUGGAAAGCUGAUAUGUGACCCUGUCUGUGAAAUCCAGGCUAAUGUGUCAUAAUCUAAUUUUGAGAUUAAGACAAUCAAAAUUUGAUUUUACAUUGAUCAAUGACCUUGACCUUACUCAAGGUUAUAUUUUUUAACAGAAUGUUCUUUACAUUAUGUGGGAUGAUUUUAUGGCGUGUGAGUUUUUGCAGACCGGGUCACAUAUAUUCAUUAUAAUGGUAUUAUAGAACUAAUCUGUAUUUUAAAUGGCAACAACACAAAUAUUUAUUCAAUGCAUAAAUCAUUCUCUUAUUCUGAUGUUUAAUUGAAAAGGUUUUAGCUUUAAUUACAAAGUGUUGAAUAUAUGUAUCUAAAACUAAUCAAACUAGACCGUAAUAAAUAUUUACAGUACUGUGCAAAAGUCUUAGCCCACCAUGCCAGAAUUAGAUUUGUUGUUUUUGCAAUGUUAGUGAUCAUAUAUAAUUGUUUCUCAGUCUCUUUAAUAGAAUACAUCCAGAAAAUACAGGAAAUGUGAAUAUAGUAUUAAAAACUGUAUAAAAAUGUAAACUGAUAUGUCAAGUUUUUUAGGGUAAACUCCAUUUUCAUUUGAGCAAUAGCAGGAAACAACUGGAUCUCUUACCCUGGGUUCACACCAGCCGCGUUUGAAGUAUCAAAUUCGCGUCUACCGUCGAACAUUUUGAGUUUACUUGCUUUAUUCGCACGUGAAAGACGUGCGUGAAAUUCUAGUCAUCGAGACAUUCACACGGAUAUUUGCGUCAUGGGAGGGGCGACUCCGCUCGCUACCUGUAAUCACGUCACUACUAGAGCAAGCCCCUGAUUGGUUAACGCAGCGCGUUUUUCCGCCAAAGUUCAAUUUUUUUAACUCGCGCGUUUGCCAUGGCAGCGCUCAAUUCGUGCGAACUAGACGCGUGAAUGAGGCGGAAUCACGUCUAACGUGCCGCGCUAAACGCCUCAUUCGCCCCGCGAGACCUCCAGACGCACAUCAACGUGUCUUUAACUCAUUCACCGCCAUUGACGAGUUAUCUCGUCAUUUAUGAGUUCAUAUUUAACUAAUAAAAAUGCCUUUCUGGACGAAUUUCAAAGUGAAAGUGUAAUACCGCUUUUAUCCACCAGAUGGGGCCAAAACGAAUUUAUCAAAAACGGAUGUUAAAAAGAUUUUAAGAUUUAUUUUAAAUGCCUUUAUGUUUGAUAGUCAUUCUGAGUCUGAUCUCUAACAUAAAUUCCUUUUUGCUCAAAAUGUUGUAUUUUUGAAGAGAAAUAUCCAUAUUUCAGUGGUUAAAUUAAGUGGAAAAAGUAAAUAUAUAAUGAAACGUUUUUUCCCCAUUUUGUUUGUUUGUUUGUUUGUUUAUUGUUUGUUUGAAAGCAGAGGGUGUGUUCUUUAAUUUGAUAUAAUUUGUAUGUUUAUAUAUUUAUAGAAAAUCAUUUUUCCUGCAAGGAAUUUUGUGAAAAUUUUGUUAAAAUCACAAAAAUGCAGGUGGGCAACUUUUCUCAAAAAGGCUAGCGGUGAAUGAGUUAAAUUGACUCAACAUUGAAAUCACUCGCGCUUGACGCCUCUACAGCGGCUGGUCUGAACGCAGCAUUAAAACUAAAUAAAAAUAAAUCCUAAUUAAUAAUUUUAAAGAAAUUAGUAUUUUUCCUUCAUUCUGCUCAAAAAUGCUCAAGAUGUGUUUAGUGCCAAGAGAGGUCACACUAAACACUUACGAUGCAUAAAGGUUUUUCUUUUGUACAUAUGAAGAUUUUUUCAGAAAUCUCGUUUUUUGGUUGUGCAUUCCAAUUAAUAUCAAUUCAACUGCAGUUGGUUUGUUUUGAUUUAAACCUUCAUAACUUAAAAAAUACAGCUAAGUAGCACCAUAAAACAAAAUAAUAACAUGAUAAAAUAAUAAUAAACAUGUUUUGACAAAAAUGUUAAAAAUGGAGUUAUCUCGUUUUGCAACGAAACUCUUCAUAUUUCCUCUAUUUUCUGUUUGUAUCGUAAUAAAAUAGAUUAAAAAAUAAAUAUGGAUGGACAUUAAAACUUCUAAAACAACAAGUCUGGUGGUGGUGGUGGCCUAAGACUUUUGCACAGUACUGUACAUUAUAAUAAUGCAUUACCUUACCUCAGAUUAGUUCAUGAAGACAACAUUGAGUCAUUGCUAUUGCAUUUACAGAUUAUCAAAAUGUUAUGCAGUGAAUAUGCAUAUCUUGCACUGUAUAUUCAUUGGGCUUAUAGAGGUUGUGCAUAGUAGUGUCAGAGUAAGCAAAUUAUUUGGUUGCACUUUAUUUUACAAGAUGUACACUUAUAGUUAAUGCGAUAGUUCACCCCAAAAUAAAAGCAUGACUUUCUAUUUUCAGCCAAACGGAGUUAAAUAAUAUCCUGACUUUUUUCAGCUUGGAUAGUACCCCAAAUUGAAAGAUCCAAAAGCACAUCAAUCAAAAACUAAUCCAUGCAGUUAUUAAAUGUCUUCUGAAGGGAAGCCAUGGGUUUUUGGAAUGUUGGGUCAGAGGUCAGCCUCCAGCUCACUAUGGCACAACUCAAUGGCACUAUCCAAUGUCAUCAUAAAGCUGAAAAGAGCCAGGAUAUUAUUUAAUAUAACUGUGUUUGGCUGUAAGGAGAAAGUCAUAGACACGUAGGAUUGAUGAGGAGGAGUAAAAUAUGGGCUAAUUUUUAUUUUGGGUGAACUGUUCCUUUAACCAACAAAUUACUCCCUGUAUGGAUUCGGUUUAGGGCUGGUACAUACACUGUAAAAAUACCUUGUUGCACUUAAAUUAAUCAACUUGAAUUUACAAUUCGUUUCAACUUUCUUGAAUUGAGGAGUUGAAAGUUGAAAUAACUUAACCCAUUUGCAUUCAUGAAAGAGGCUAAAAAAGCCUAAACAGGACACUAAUUGUACCUGCUGCGAUUGUAUUGUAAAAGGGUUUACAUAAUUUGAAUCACAAGAAUCUCAGCUUUCCAAAGAUAUGUGACAUGUUUAGCUUUUUGUUUUUGAGUUGUUUUGAGUUUUCUGUCAAAGAAUGCAGUGUUUCUCUUACGGUACACUGUCAGAAAUAAAGGUACAAAACUGUAACUUUUCUGUCACUGGGGCUGUAGCCUAGUUUCCGAUUGCUACCUUUACAGGAAUACAAAACAGAACACAAUUUUGGGUUGAUUACCGUACCUUUAGGACCUACAUUAUUAGAAAAAAGUCAAAAUAUG